AUGCCGAAAGAAAACCUAAUCUUUAAGUUGGAUAACCUAGAAUACCAGUAUCAUCAUUUGAAUAACUCCCUGGAUGGGUUUCAGCCUCGAUUAAAGAAUACCUCGAAAACUUUUAAUGCUAAAGGUAAGAAGACAUCUAAAAAGAUAAACAAAUUGCUUAAUGAUGCUAAUCUCGGGGAAGUCAAUAGAGAACUAGAUUCUUUGCGCACUGAGAUUGUGGAGAAGAAGACUUUUCACUUGGAAAGCAAGCUAACUGCUUCUUUGGAAAAGGCCCUGCAACAGCAGUAUUCGUCACUUCUUAAAAAACAUACCGACAAAAAUGAGGAUAAGCUCCAGGCCCUAGCUGAGCUGGACCGAAAGCAUACGAUUUCGGUUUUCGCUAAAAUUUUUGCAAAGUCAAGAGCCUGCAAACUACUAGUGAGCAAAAUUACACCAUCAAAAGCAUUGAAAGAGAACCCUCCAAAAUGGUUCGAAGAAAAUGAGUACUUUCAAAUCUUUCAAGACAAGACCAACAAAUAUAAUCCCAGCAGGGUUUGGAAUGAGGUCGUCGUAGCGACUACUGGAUGUGAAAAAGUUUUGAGCCAAGCUAUGGCUGGGCAGAAAGUGAAAGAGUUGCUGAAGGCGUUUGAUAGCGGCAUGGAUCUGUUCCUGAACAUCAAAAGAGAAAAAGAUGCUGUGCCUUUAAAGGUAUCUCAAAAAACCUCCGCGGCUGCGGGUUCUUCGUCGGGUUCCGAAUUCGAAGACGAGACCGAUAACGAAGGGGCAGCAGAUGAAAGAAAAGAUUUGACAGGUCAGAAUCUUGAUUCCAUAGUACCUGAAGAUAUGAACGAAGAAGAAAUUUUGAAACAAUAUGAGGGUAUGCUUGUUGCGUCGGACGAGGAAGAAGAUGAAAAUGCCAUGACUUCAUUGGACCCAAGUAUCAACUACAAUGAGAUUACUGAUGAAGAGCCAAGUGAUUCAGAAAGUGAGUUUAAUAUUGCUCUAAGCGAAGAUGACAUAGAAAGUGAACCAGCUCUCAAGAGACAGAAAAAAGAAGACAUUAAAAAGAAGGGCAAAUCCGAAAACAAUGUUGGUGCUCUUCCAGAGCUGAUGGCAGGGUAUUACAGCGGUGACUCAGAUGACGAUAUUUCCGAAGAUGAAGUGGCCGCAAAACAAAUAUCUAAUGAGCCCAAGCGUAAAAAUAGAAGAGGGCAGCGUGCCAGACAGAAAAUUUGGGAGAAAAAGUACGGUAAGAGUGCCAUGCAUGUCCAAAAACGAAUUGAGGAAGAACGCAGCGAAAGAGAACAAAAGCAGCUUGAGUAUGAGCAGAGGGUUGCGAAGCGUGCUGCUAAAGUUCAGGAAAGAGAGGCUACUCAGGCUCAAGAGCACUUCACUAGGAAGCCUCGCGAGGAGAAACCCCAGCAUGUUUUAAUGCAUCCUUCUUGGGAAGCAAAGAAGCAAGCCGAAGAAAAACAAAAGGCAGCUAAAUUCCAAGGUAAAAAGAUUGUUUUCUAA